CCUCAAUAAAUUCCUAAUUUGCUGCUUAUUAAUAGUUAGUAAGGUAGUUGUUAAGUUUAGGUAUUGGAUUGGGGAUGUAGAAUAGGGUGAUGUAGAAUAAGAUAUUAAUAUGUGCUUAAUUACUACUAAUAAAUGGCUAAUAUUCUAGUAAUAUGCAUGCUAAUAAGCAACUAGUUAAGAGACCCUAAAAUAAAGUGUUACCAAUUUUUCUUUUUAGAAAGAGCAAGAAAACAUUAAAGUCCUCUUCUAUGUAAUCAAAGAACAUAAAGAUUCCCAUGACUGGGUAAAAUCACAGACAAUAACGUAUACCAAGAAUCUACUGGAGUCCCAAGAAAUGAAUGUGAAGUGAAUAAGAAAGAAUUUAAAGCAAACCCACUGGUGUGACAGAGUUAAUAUCAAAGCCCUCCCUCAUACUGCACUGAACCACUCUAAGACUGAGUGAGGUUGAGAGGAAGGAAAGGAAACGAGCGGAGGAACAGCAGGGUUUGGUGAUUCAGGUACUAUGAAUUGUGUCACCUUUUCCUCUGUGCUCUAGAGACUGAGACCUCUUCAUUGACAAGUAACUGAGAGAGGAGCUUAUCAUGAACAGCUGGAGUGUGUAUCAACUGGUAGUCCUUGCCUUUCUCUUUGCUCCUGAGUCUAGUGCUGAGUAUAAUAAUAGUGGUAAGGCUGUCUUUUUGGGGAAACCAAGAAAAAAGAAAGGUGAGAUAUUAGAUAUUGACCCGGACCAGAUUGUUUUUAAUAUUAGUAAUACACUGCAUGGUAUUACUGUAACAUGGAGGACCCCAGAUAAUAAAAUACCCCCUAAUUGUUAUGAUGCUGAAGUGCAGUACAAGAGCCAGUAUGUCAAAGACUGGAAGGGAGGUAAGAGUAUUCAAGUGAGACAACAACAUGAGGUGUACAAUUUGGACUUGUCCACUCUCAGCAUGAAGAGGAAUUACGAUUUCAGAAUAAGAAUGAAGCUGUGGUGUCUAGAUAAGGAGUGGAGCAAGUGGACAAAAGUGCAAAGUUGGGGAAACAAUGAAGGUGCUCGUUUGGUAGACGCAACCGCCUACAUAUGGAUUUAUAUUUUGAUAAUUGUGCUGCCACUAACCGCCUUUCUUCUGGUCUGUCUGUUGACUCAACCGGGAGUUAGAAGACUGAUCUUUCCUGAAGUACCAGAUCCCAAACACUUCAAAAAUAAAAUCAUGGACACUGAACAGUCUCAGUGGUGGGGGAACCUUACACAGUGGAAUGAGGAGUGCUUAACAACAGAUAUUGAGAUUAUUGACAAGAACGAAAGGGAAGAGCAACAUCAAACUUUGGUAACACAGCCCAUGUACACCAGCCCAGAGCAACAUGACAGCACGUACCACAUCUACUCCUCUGAAACACCUGGUGAAAUCACAGAACUACAGUACUCACGAAGUGUGUUGGGAUAUAUUGCCCUUUAAGGCCACAGAGAGGGGCUGAAAUCAUAUCCAUGAGCCAGUUUAAUGCUUUUAAGAUUGAUUAUUUGAAUGGGAUAACACAUGGGGUAAAAUCUUUUAUUCUUGCUAGUGUCUCAGGUUUGUGAUCAUCACAGUUUAGAUGCUUAGCAUGGCUCUGUUAGCCCCUGCUGGUAGAUCCUGUAACUACACCAUCUGGAUACAAAAAGCAUUUUGUCCAUUAACAGCCAUCCAAAAAUUAGCCACCUAUUCUUAUACAACUACAGUCUUUUAAGCAACAUAUUUCCAGGGCUCCGGCAUAAACCAAACAAGUGCCUUUGAGAUGAAUGGGAAUGCUAAUUGAUGUAUUUCUCUAGGUAUUAUCGAUCUCAUUGGUUACUCCUAAAGUCUGUGAUCAGGAUUGUGGUUAAAGCAAGCUAGUGCACAAAAAAAUCAUUUGAGCACAUCAGCUUGUAACAAACAAUGCGAGUGCAGUACAAUAAUUGGACAAUGGAGGGCACUCUGACUAUCCUGAAGUGUUAAAGAAGAGUUGAACCAUAUCAAAGCCAACAAGGAACACACUCUUCACAGCAUCACAGCCCUCUCUUAAGGGAGGAUGUACGUUAAUUUGAAGACUGAUUUAAAAGAUUAAUGUGAAACUGCAUAAUAGAUGUGGAGUUUCAGUGUGACGGUGUAACAAAGCCAGGGCAGCAGCCACACACUCCGAUCUGUUGCGAUUGAUGAACUGGAAUGGAGGUGAAGAAGAAUAUGAGCAAAUAAUCAUUAAGAGAUAGAAGCAAAAAUGAACGCCACACAGGUGGAUACAUGAAUGUAAAAAUGUACAGUUUCAGUCAUACCUGUUGCAGCUUAGAAAAACCGACCAGCCAAUUUUUUUAUUUUUUUUUUCAAGGAAAAUUGUUGUAUUGGCUUUAUGAAUGAGGCAAGAAGUGGGUUCCAAAAGUCUGGGACCACACUGAAAAUUUUCUACAUUUAAACCUGAAAAUGUAGAAAAAAAGGGGAAACAAGGAAAAAAAUAUAUUAAAAAAUAAAUAAAAAGGAAAAUGUACUCAAAUUUAAAAUGCAAUUUUAUUUUUUAUUUUUUAUUCAACUUGAGUGCUGCUGUCAUUAAUGUCAAAGGAGGACACACCAAAUACUAAGACAUUCUGAUAUAUUCAAGUUUAUUUGUUGUCAUUUUGCAUAUUUUUUUCACUCAAAUUGCUAUGUUGAUCAUAUAAUUGGUAACUGGUAAAUAUGAAAUUAGAAAAAGGUUACAACAUAAAAGCAUUUUUACACACGGUUUCAGAUUUUUGGACCCAUACUGUACAUGCAUUUGAUCAAAUACCAAAAAAUAAAAAUAAA